AAACUUAUGCGCACUACUCUGUGUUACAUCAGCGCACACAAACACUUGUAGAAAGAUAAAGAAUAUGAAGAAACCUUUGGUUGAAAUGUGGGGAUAGAGUUUUUUAUGACAUUCCUAACACAGCUCCAUGUUUUUCUAUAGGACCAGAGGAGAAGUAGAUGUGAUAGCCUGAAUGCUGGCUAUGGAUUUGAGAAAGAGUUGCUGAGCCCUGGAAGCCACAUAAACUUUGAUCCUGAGGGGUGUGAUCCUCUAAUCAACUACGAGCCCACACCAGCAGAGGUGGCUCAGUGUGAGGCUGAGGUGGGCACCCUGCUCAGCAUCAUCGCUGAACUGAACAAGAAGAUGGGGAACCUGAAGGCUCCAAGUGAACCUGGAGACCUGAGCAGCAUGAGAGCAUCCGUCCCAUCCAGACCUCUAGUUCCGGACCUUUUGUCACAUCGCCUGGACAGAAGCAGCCAAGAGAGGAGCUCAUCUGUCACAUCUAAACCUCAAGGAACUGACUGGGGAGGCACUGGCAGAGUGUGGACAAAACUGCAGGAAGUUUUAUCGUCAGUGGAAGAUUCCAUCAGCUGUAGAAGGACCUGGGUUGCUCCCAUCAGAGCCUCAGACCUGGACAAGCGUGAUGAGCAUAUAAGAGCAGCUCAAGAAAAUUGGACCAAAGCCACACAAAUGCUGGAGGAAAUGGAGAGAGAGUUUGGAAUUUCUUGUCCAUUAAGCCUGGCAAAUAACCAACACCCAGAUGACACAAUGGAUUCUGAAAGACAGGAGUCGGGUCCCCGAAACAUCUUCCAGAGUCACCUGGAGAAUCUGCAGAGAUCUCAAAGCGCUGCUAGCUUAGUGGAAGAGGAGAAGAACAAGCUGGUGUGUCUCCACAAGGCCUGGAAGUCCAGCAGUAACCCCCCACCUUACCGGACCACCGCCGGCGCUCAGAGUCCAGACUGGGCGUCUCCUCCAUAUCCUGGAUCACCUUUAAUCCUCAGAAGAACAAAAAGAGCCAUAACACCUUUAUCUGUUGGUGGGGAAGCGUCUCCAAUGGGCUCCAUUAACUCAGGAAGUCCAUGUGCCAGCCCCAUCAGCCAGGAGUCCGAGACUGAACGCUUACACAGAUACAUUGAGAGGCUGAAGGCGAGGAACGAACGUCUGACUUCAGCUCUGGAGCGCAAGAAGGUUGAGUCGGAGCAAAACACUCAGACACUUGCCAAACUGGAGGCCGACUGUUCGGCCCUUCAGAUGGCUCUAAGAUACUGUGAGGAGAGCGAGGAGGCCUACAGUCAGCUACUGUCCCUUUACGAUGCCCAGAGACAGCAAAACAUUCAUCUGUGGACAGAACCAGCAGAGACAGUGGGUGACAGGCACCAGGGAGACAGUCCAUCAGCUCAACUCAGAAAAAUGGGGACUGAAGAGCUGUCUACCUCCUUCUCCUCAGCAGGAACUACAGAGGAGACACAAACACAGAGUCACACAGGACAGAGGGAGCCUGAAACAAAGGGUCGGGAAGUGUUUCUCAGGGAACAAAUUGAGCGCCUGAAGAGGGACCGAGCAGCCAUUUGCCUUCGCAAACCAUGCCCAGUAGUACAGGGUAAACCCAGUGCUGAAACCAAUCAGCUUGCUGGGACAAAAGGGGGACCCGCAACAAAAGAUGGAAGCAAACCUCCCGAAACCAAGAGGGAGAAAGCCUCCCUGUUUUAUGAACUGAUCUCAGUAAGGGAGGAGAUGUCCGAUCUCCGAGCUCUAAUCCGCCUAAAGGAGAAAGAACUGAGGUGUCUGGAGUGGGGCUUAGUGAGCCAGAAGGCCAAGGAAGCAACAGGGGUUUUCAUCCCAGAAAGUCUCCGAGACGAGGUAGAAGAUCGAAAGGGCGAACAACAGAGGCUUCUUGAGAAUGCAGCCAAAGUUGCUUGUGAGGGGGACAUUGCUAAUAUUUCAACCAGACCGAUUCUGAAAGAGCUGCAGGUGGUCCUACAGAGAGAACAAGCUUUGAAGAAGAGACUAGCUUUGGUCCAAGACUCCCUGGGCCCAGCUCUUUCAGACGGCGCCUCCUCCCACAGAAAGGACAAUGGAGAGCAGAUUGCUCGCCUCACACAAGCUCACAGCAAAGCCCUGAGUUCGUACAGACAGAUCCGCAGGAAGUAUCGGGAGCAGGUGUGGAGACUGGAGCAGAAGGUGGCGGCCAUGAUGGACAGUCAGAAUAGCCAGGGAGGAGCAACAAAAGCUGCCGAGGAGGCAGUGGAGUGGAGGAGAGAAGAGACCGUUUUAUGAGAUACUAUUUGUUCAGUUAAAGGAAUAAGCAGUUCUUAUUUCCAUUAUCUGCUCUUUUACAAAUCUGCCGAUGUAGAUUUUCGUCUAACAUUUGUACACAUUUGUCUGCCGAUUAGUUGCAUCCACAACAGUCACAAUGGGCAUAAUCUUUGAUGAUCUUUGGCUCAUAGACUGUGGGGUGGUGGAGUUUCAACAGUUGAAAGUUACUAAAAAAACACUCAUUAUCACUCUAAAUCUUAACUUGUUGAACAGGACUAAAACGUCACAGAGGACAUUCCUGGCUUUAGAGACACAGCUGUGGUGCAUUCAAGCAUUUGCACAGAUGACUUAAGCACAGGACUGUCGACUUCAGGACUGACCCGGAGGAGAAUGCAAAUGCUUAUUUUCCCAUAAAAGCCAUUUCUACAAAGCCACUCCCGCGCAUGUCGUGGGUGUCGUGACAAAGCUCAGAGAAAGGGGGAUGGGGGCUGGAACAAUGUCUGAUGUGCACACUAAUCGCACGGCAAGCCCAUUUGUCUUCUUUGUAACUUCAUAUUCUCACAUUCUCUGUUUUUCAUGCUUGAAAGAAAAAUUAAAAGGUCAACCAAACCAAGUUGCAAGUUGAAGUACCUUUUAAGUUUGCAAAUAACAGAUAAGAGACUCCUUUACUUAAGGCCUAAUAAUUAAAAAUUUCCAAAGUGCUUUGAUGAAUUACUUAAAGUAAAACUAUACAUAUGGGACCUGUUUUCAAACUUCUGUAGGAAAGAAAAGAGUUGACCUUUAACACACAGGUCAGGAAAGCUUGGAAGAGCUUUAAGUCAGAUUUAAAGCUCCGCUGUGACCUGGAGACAAACUAUGAAAUGCUCCUUGCAAUGUUAAUGUAACCAUGAAACACAUUUUUGCAGAUCAAUGUAAUAAAAAAACUAAUUUUCAUAACAGAAAUGAGAGUUUAAGGCAGUAAUAUAUAUUGUUUGGAAUAAAAAGUAAGAAUGAUGGCUUAGAUUACAAUAGUUAUUUUGUCUGACUGAACUUGUUGAGAGUCGAAUAUCGAAACAAUCAAAACUAAAACAGUUGAUAAGCAAGCCAGAUGACGGGGAAUUCCCUGUUUUUACGGCCAAAAUGACAAUCUGUGUCCUAUCUUUAUUAUCUGGUCUUCACCCCUCCAUUCUUUGCUCUUCACCACUCACUCAGUCAUUUUUUUCUGCCUUUACUCUCUGUUUUUCCCCCUCUUUCAUCUCCAUGCUCAUCCCUCCCCCCCUCCAGUCGACCCCGUGCCCUGACCUUGCCGAGUUGGUCAGCUGCAGCUGUGACCGGUGGUCAGGAGGUUAAGGCAAAGGUUGAGUGUCACACCCAUGGGGUCAGAGUGAGGCUUUGCUGUUGUGUUAACGUGUGAAUGGAGGGUUCAGACUGCCAGACGAGGUGGCGAGCCCCUGACGCCCUGACUGUUGCAUGAGCUUGCCCUUUUCCAAGCACAGGUCAGCCCGGAGGCCUGUCCUCCUGCCCCUCCCAUCCCUCUAGGUCACCAUCUCUAUUGUUGUAAUAGCCGCCAUUAGAGCACACGAUACAAGUAUCAUUCUGUUUUCUGAUGCAAGGCUCCAUGUUAAAGUCCCGAGUUCAUCAAAAGUUUGAAUAUGACAUGGCUGUUGUAACCCCUGGGUGACUCUGAAGUCAAAGGCACAACAAAAGCAACAAAAUGUUCCAUUAACUGACAAAUGCACUUUUAUCUGACACAGCUUGAGGACUUAAGCUAUUGUCAGUGUUCUUGUUGAAAGCUUAUCAAAAUGUACCAAUAUAACUAUCCUUAAACAUCUUAUUACAGUCCAGUACAGAAGUAUGAUGAUUAGAAAUCAUUCAUAUAAAAUAUUUGAACCCAUCAAUCCUUCAGUACAUUGCAAAAUUAUUUUGUCAUAGUUUCUCUAAUUAAAAAACACCAGUUUA